AUGGAGGGUUGCGUAAAGAUUAGGUUGAGUAGUCAAGGGGAUGAAGUGCAAACUUCAAAAUCUCCGUGUGCUUGGUCCUGGAUUGAAUCCUUUCGCUCCCUACAACAUGGAAUGACCCAAGAUUAUUUCUUGGUUCCAAAUGGCCAUCGGAGGCGCAUCAGACGCUCCAUCAGUUGUGGGAACGAUAGGGACGACAGAGGCUGGACUAUGCUUCAUGUUGGUGCUCGGAAAGGGGAUCUUAAAGAGGUUAAAAGGCUUCUUGAUGAAGGAAUGGAUGCAAAUGUUGCAGCAUUAGGCCCUAAAUCGCAUGGGGUAACCCCUCUUCAUCUUGCUGCAAAAGGUGGUCAUGUAAAGGUUAUGGAUGAGCUCCUUGAACGUGGUGCUAAUAUUGAUGCAAGAACCAAGGGCGCUUGUGGCUGGACUCCACUACACACUGCUGCAAAAGAGAAAAACAGAAAGGCGAUAACAUUUCUGAUUGAAAAUGGUGCAUUCUUGCCUGAUAACAUGGAGGAUACCAGGUUUAAUCCACCAGUCCACUACUGCCAUGGUCUGGAAUGGGCUUAUGAUGAGAUGAAACGUGUUCAACAAGAAAGUGGCUCAGGCUCAUCAUCUGGAGAAGGAGAGGGCUCAUACAGCUCUGAAAGCUAAGUGUUUGACUUUCAAGUAAACAUGUAUUGUUGACCACAAACUAUAUAAAUAUUUCUGUUGCUUGGUUUGGGUGUUUGUGUGUGUUGACUAUGUGAAGAGUAUGAUUGAAGUUGGUUUGUCUUGUUGAGAAUCUUGAGAUCCAUGGAUUUGAUUGUCGAUAGAAUUGGUCUUAAUAAAUGAUAGAAUUGGGUUUAUUUGAAUGUUAAAAGGG